GAUUCACAGCAAACCAUAGGCCUCUCUGAAGAGCCCAAGAGGGUGAAACCUAUGUAAGAAAAUGAAAAAAGUUAUUCUUCAUAAAAAGUUCUGCAUGGUCUAAAACCAAAAAUUCAAACGAUCAGAUAUAAAAUUUUAUCUAUAUUAUACGAGCUUGUUAAGUAUACCGACUGCAAAUUUUCAUAAUGGCCGACGAUUUGGAGCAGAAGAUCAUCAAACAAAUUGAAUAUUACUUCGGAGAUAUCAAUCUUCCACGUGAUAGGUUCUUACAAGAGAAAAUGAAUGAGUCUUUUGAAGGAUGGAUUUAUUUAGAUGAUUUAUUAAAGUGCAAACUUCUUUCCUCGUUAUCUACUGACCAAGAAUUAAUCGCAAAGGCAAUUGAAAAGUCUGAAAAUGGCCUAGUUGUGGUGAGCAAAGAUCGUAAAAGGCUUAGACGCAAUCCAGAAAAACCAAGUCCAAAAUGGAAUAGUACAAGACGUAAAGAGAUCAUAGAUAGGACAGCCUACGCAAAAAAUUUUCCAUUGAAAGAAGAAUUUAGCAACAUUAUCAAUUUCAUGGAAGCAUACGGACCAGUUGAAUCUUGUACUCGUAGAUGCACAAUGUUUAAAGUAUUUAAGGGUUCCUGUUUUAUUGUUUUUAAAGAUGUUGAAUCCUGCAAAAAGUUCGUUGAGCAGGACAGUGUGAAAUACGGGAAAAGAGAAUUAAUCAGGAAAUUUCGGACGGUAUACUUUGAGGACAAACGACGAGAAAAACAGGAGAAAAAACGACAGAGAGCUUUUUACAAGGAAUGUGCAAAAUCGGGGACGCCACUUAAAUUCCCCAAAGGAACGGUGAUUCAUUUUUCUGGAAUUAAGAGGGGUGAAGGUCGCAGAAAUGUAUUUAGAAUAGAUUUUCAAGAAAAGGUAAAAGACUACGGCAAAAUUGAAGUAAAAUUUGUUGAUUAUAAUGAAUACACUUCGGAGGGUUAUCUAAGGUUUGCACAAGAAAACGAAGCUGUUGAGUUCUUUAAAACAGUUGGUAAUGCCACAUUUGAAAUUAAAGGUCACAUCAUCAAAUUGAGAGUGUUAGAAGGAGACGAAGAGGAGGAAUAUCUAAGGAAAACUUCAGACUCUAUUCUAAAAGCCACAAAAAAUAAGCAAAAUGCUGAUAAUAAAAUGAAACGAACUUACCACUGGUAUGGUUGGACAAGUGGUGGAAAAGUUAGUAAAAGGGACUAAUAUAUGAAAUAUGUUAUCAUCUAUUCUCUAAUUGUUUAGAUAUUGUAAAAAUUAGGUUAAAAAUAGAUGCUUUUUUAUGAA